AUGGCCAUGUUUGAGUAUUCCCAAUACCCAGAUAAUCGUCCGGUAGCACCACCACCCGGUUAUGCAUUUGCACCAGGCUAUGGUUCAGCCCAAUAUCAACCCCCACGAAAUGGCAAUGGUAGCAAUUGUGACAAUUGUAAUCAACCAUGUUUUUGUAUAGCACAAAAAGGAGAUCAGGGUCCAUCUGGCCCAAUGGGCCCCCCUGGUUCUCGAGGAUUGAAUGGUGUUGGUGGUCCUGAAGGACCUGAGGGUUUGAAAGGAGAAAAAGGUGAACGAGGUUUACCAGGCUUACCCGGUCAAAAAGGUGAUAGAGGACGAUCCGGUGAACCAGGCAUGCCCGGACAUCCCGGUUUGCCCGGUCUUCCAGGCCCAAAAGGACCAUCCGGUUUACCUGGCCGUGAUGGAUGUAAUGGAACGAAAGGAGAACCAGGUCGAGAUGGAUAUAGUGGACAGCCUGGUCGUCAUGGUGAACCUGGUCCCCCUGGUCCACGAGGUCCCAAAGGUGAACCUGCCCAAGCUUUACCUGGAUUCAAAGGCGAAAUUGGACCUCCCGGAGCUCCCGGUCUCCCUGGUGCUGCUGGCUCUUCUGGUAAUCCUGGUAUUCCCGGAGCACCAGGCUCCACUGGUUUCCCUGGUCGAGGAGGUCAAAAAGGUGAUCGUGGUGAAUCCGGUCUUCCAGGUAUAAUAAAAAGAAGAUUCAAUGAAUAUUUAUAUGUUCUAUUAACUUGUUUAGGUGCACCCGGUGCUGGAUUUAGUGGUGAAAAAGGUCAAAAAGGAGAACCAGGUUCAUCUUCUCCCUAUACGCCUCCAGGUAUAGAAGAACAACAAGGUAACACCAGUUAUAUCCCAUUCUCGGUUACUGGCCCCAUGGGUCCAAAGGGUGCUAUGGGACCUAAAGGAGAACCUGGUGAGAUUGGUUAUCCUGGUGCUCCUGGUUCUGCUGGACCAUCAGGUUUAUCCGGUGAAAAGGGUAUGCCAGGACCUGUUGGACCACGGGGUCCUACUGGAUUACCUGGUCAAGCUGGUUUCCCUGGACAAGCAGGAGAUCGUGGUAGUCCUGGUUAUCCUGGUCAAGCUGGUAGCCCAGGUAGACCUGGUCAAAAUGGUUUACCAGGAGAAAAAGGUGAUCGUGGUUUUCCUGGUAUGCCUGGCAUGUGUUUAACUGAUCAAGCAGAUGGCGUAGCACCUGGACAACCAGGACCAACAGGACCUAAAGGAGAACGCGGCCCACCCGGUGGCCCAGGCUUUCCCGGUGCCCCAGGUUUACCUGGCCCACAAGGUCCAACAGGUGAUCGUGGUUUUGAUGGAGCUCCUGGUAGUCCCGGUCAACCUGGACGUGAUGGUGUCAAAGGAGCUACAGGAGAUAGUGGACGACCUGGUGACCCCGGUCCAGCUGGAUUCCCUGGCCCACAAGGUUAUCGUGGAGCUAAAGGUGAACCAGGUCCAAAAGGUGAACCCGGUCGUUCAAUUCCUGGCUCGCCCGGUCUUGAUGGUUAUCCAGGCCAAUCUGGUCUUUCAGGAGCUAAAGGUGAACGUGGUCUACGUGGUCUUCCUGGUUUACCUGGUAAUUCAACAGCUGGUGUUGGUAUGCCUGGCCCUCAAGGACCAAUCGGUCCAGCAGGUAGUCCAGGUGGCCCUGGUUUUCAAGGUGUUCCUGGUAUGAAAGGAACUAAAGGAGAUCGAGGUCUUGAUGGUGUUUGUGGUAGUCGUGAUGGUUUGAAAGGUAGCAAAGGUGAACCAGGUUAUCCAGGAGAAGCCGGAACACCUGGUCAACGUGGUUCACCAGGUGAAAAGGGUGAUCGAGGUGAUGUUGGUUCACAAGGUUAUCCUGGUAACAUUGGUUCAGCAGGUGCUCCCGGUCGAAAUGGUUUGGAUGGUGAACCAGGUGGUAAAGGAGAAAAAGGUGAACCAGCUCGUGUUUCAUCAGUACAAGGAAUGUCAGGCGAAAAAGGAACACCAGGUCUUCCCGGUUUGAAAGGUGAUCGUGGACAAAAAGGUUCACCAGGUUAUAGUGGUCGUGAUGGUCAACCAGGUGUUAUGGGUCCAGUAGGACCUAAGGGUGAUGCUGGUUAUCCAGGCCAACCAGGUCCACCAGGUAGUCCAGGUCCAAUGGGUGAUAUUGGUCCACCAGGUGCUACACUUCCAGGUGAAAAAGGUGAAAAGGGUAUUCCAGGUCCAGUUGGCAUUCCUGGAGCACCAGGUCAUUCAGGUCAAAAGGGAGAACCAGGUCGAUCAGGACCUUCAGGUUACACAUCUCUACCAGGUCCACAAGGUGAAAAAGGUGAUCGUGGAUUGUCAGGUCUUCCAGGUGCUCCAGGACUUCCAGGCCCUAAUGGCUUACCAGGCUUACCAGGUGCAGCUGGCUUAAAAGGUGAAGCAGGUCAAUCAGGUCUUCCAGGUCUUCCAGGGCCAAAAGGCAUCACAGGUUAUCGUGGAGAACCAGGUGGUCCCGGUCGUGAUGGAUCACCAGGUCUUCCAGGUCCUAAAGGAUUCGAUGGAUCACCAGGUUUACCAGGUCGUCCAGGAGAAAAAGGUGAACCAGGACUUCCAGGACCAGGCUUCCCAGGAGCCCCAGGAUCCGUUGGUUCCCCAGGUGAACGUGGAUUUCCAGGUUUACCAGGACCAGCUGGCGAAAGUGGAUUACCAGGCAUUAAAGGAGAAUCAGGCUUCCCAGGUGCUAAUGGACUUCCAGGACCAGUAGGCAUGAAAGGUGAACGAGGAGAACCAGGUUAUGGUGGACAAAAAGGUGAUCAAGGUCCAUCAGGUCCCCCGGGUAUUGAUGGUUUACCAGGUCUUCCAGGAGCAAUGGGCCAACCAGGUGCCCCAGGUCUAUCAGGAGAAAAAGGUUUUUCUGGAUUACCAGGAUCAAGUGGAAAACCAGGCAUGCCAGGCUUACCAGGUGCCAAAGGUGAACGUGGUUUGAAUGGAGGACCAGGAUUGAAUGGAGCACCAGGUUUAUCAGGUGAAAAAGGUGUUCCAGGCUUUCCAGGACCCUCAGGGCCCAGUGGAUUACCAGGCAUUCCGGGUGGUUCAGGACAAAAGGGUGAUCGAGGUCACCCUGGUUCACCAGGACAAGCAUGUACAUCAUGCGUUCAAGGUGCACGAGGUGACCGAGGUUACCCAGGUUCACCCGGUCUAUCAGGUCAAAAAGGAGAACCAGGCAUUUCAGCUUCACGUGGAGCAACAGGCGAACGUGGACCACCAGGUCUUUCUGGCGCACCAGGUCUUCCAGGAGCACCUGGUAAAGAUGGUUUACCGGGUCUUCCAGGCAGUAAAGGUGAACGAGCCAUUGGUCAAGCAGGUAUAAAAGGUGCUAUUGGUGAACCAGGUCUUCCAGGUCCAACAGGUCUACCGGGAACACCUGGUGAACGUGGAUAUCCAGGUGGCAAUGGAUUACCUGGUGCACCGGGUGAACGAGGUUUACCAGGUCCUUCAGGAUUACCAGGUCCUUCUGGACUUCCUGGUGCUCCUGGACAAAAAGGUGAUAAUGGAUACAAUGGAUCACCUGGACAAAAAGGAGAAGCAGGUCCAUCUGGUUUGAAUGGACCACCAGGCAUGAACGGUAUGCCGGGAGCCAAAGGUGAAUCAGGUCUACCAGGCCGUGAUGGUGGUGUUGGCAUGCCAGGUCAUAAAGGUGAACGUGGUGGAAACGGAUUUCCAGGUAUGUUCAUUCAAUAUUUUUUCGAACUGAUUGAUCUGAUUUCUUUACCAUAUGAUAUAGGUGUUCCGGGCGCUAAAGGUGCUGCAGGUUUAGCAGGUUUUCCAGGUGCACCCGGUCUUGCUGGUCCCCCAGGCCAACCAGGCAUUAAUGGACUUCCAGGACAAAAGGGUGAUUCAGGUUUACCAGGUUUACCAGGCGCAAAUGGUCCACCGGGAUUAAAUGGUGCCCCUGGUCCUGCAGGAGAUAGUGGUAUGCCAGGUAUGCCAGGUCAAAAGGGUGAACCAGGUUAUGCUACUGCUGGACCCAAGGGUGAACAUGGUCCAAGUGGUCGUGAUGGAAUGCCAGGUCUUUCGGGAGAGAAAGGAAAUCCAGGUUUUAGUGGAGCUCCUGGUGUUCCAGGUCGAGAUUGUGAUACACCUAUUGUUGGUCAAAAAGGUGAUGCUGGUAUACCAGGUCUCCCAGGUCCUCCAGGUUUACAAGGUGCUCCUGGUGCACCAGGCAAAGAUGGUCUUCCGGGCGCUCCGGGUCUUCCUGGUUUAUCAGGUACAAAAGGAUUUGAUGGCGCACCAGGUAGAAAUGGUCCACCAGGUCCUCCAGGUGAACGUGGUUUUGCUGGAAUGCCAGGACAACCUGGUUUACCUGGAGAAAAAGGAGGUCCUGGCUUCCCAGGUAGUCCAGGUAUUCCCGGAGCAAAAGGUGAUCGUGGUUUCGAUGGACGUCCCGGUUCAAACGGUUUACCAGGUGCACCCGGUCCCAGAGGUGAAUGUGGUCCAGCACAAGAAAUCCGAGGCAUCCCAGGUCCCAAAGGAGAUCAAGGUCCAGCAGGAUUUCCAGGCUCACCAGGAUUACAAGGACCACCAGGUUCACCUGGUGCACGAGGAGACAAUGGUCCACCAGGCCAACCCGGUCAACCAGGUUUACCAGGUUAUGUUGGACCUAAAGGUGAACGUGGUAAUCCAGGUCUUCCAGGUGUAAGUGGUAUUGCUGGUCCACCAGGUGCUAAUGGUCCUCCUGGUCCACCAGGCCCUGGUCUUCAACGAACUGGUUUCUUAGUUGUACGUCAUUCACAAUCAGCUCAAGUACCAGAUUGUCCAUCAGGCAUGGUUAAACUAUGGGAUGGCUACAGUUUACUUAUGAUGCAAGGCAACGAUCAUGGAUAUCAUCAAGAUCUUGGUUCGGCUGGUUCAUGUCUUCAAAAAUUUUCUGCAUUACCAUAUUUACGUUGUGAUCAUACAAAUGUUUGUUAUUAUGGUCAAACAAAUGAUUUAACAUAUUAUUUAUCAACAACAGAACCAAUGCCUAUGAUGCCUGUUCAACGUGAACAAAUUCGACCAUAUAUAUCACGUUGUGCUGUAUGUGAAGCACCUGCUAAUGUUAUGUCAUUCCAUAGUUUAUCAAUGACACCACCACCAUGUCCAAAUGGUUGGAAUAUUUUAUGGCAAGGUUAUAGUUUUGUUAUGCAUCUUGGUCGUGGUGCACAAGGCGGCGGUCAAUCAUUAGCAAGUCCUGGUUCAUGUUUGGAAGAUUUCCGUGCAACACCAUUUAUUGAAUGUUCUGGAACCGAUGGUAAUUGCAUGUAUUAUGCUAAUAAAUUUAGUUAUUGGAUGACAGUUAUUGAUCAAAAUAAUCAAUUUGAAGUGCCACGUCAAGAAACAUUGAAAUCUGGAAAUCAUAGAAAUAAGAUAAGUCGUUGUACGGUUUGUUUGAAGACUCAGCAAGGUACUGGUCAAGGUGGUUAUCAAAGUGGCAAUUAUUACGUGGGACAAACAUUGAAAAAACAUUAG